CCGCCCUCUCCUAGGAGAGGCAGUUAUCGCGAGAGGAAGUGGUGGGGAAAACGAAGUCCCUUGGGGUUUGUGUGUGCAGUGGGGUCUUGGCGAAGGUCGCUGUGAGCGAGUUGCGAUGUGGUAUGAGAUCCUGCCCGGGCUUGUCAUCAUGGCCGGCUGCCUGACGGUGCCUGGCCUCGCCACCAUCUACGUUCACAGGUGGACGAACGGCGGUAAGGAAAAGAGGACUGCUCGUUUACCCUAUCAUUGGACCCUAAUGGAUCGAGACAGGAGAGUAUCUGGUUCCAACACGUACUACGAAUCAAAAGGAUUAGAAAACAUUGACUGAUGGGCUUUUCAUCACAGGCAGGACCGGUGAACCUGCGGCAGAAUGCCUGUCUGCUAAAACACAAAAUUUAUUCUGUGUGUUAUAAUGUAAUUGAGAUAUUUAACAUUAAAGUGGACCAUAAAAAUGUGAA